AUGGUGGGCGGGCCACGUGGGGCGUGUGACGAGUACACGGGGAUGGUGGGCGGGCCACGUGGGGCGUGUGACGUGUACACGGGGAUGGUGGGCGGACCACGUGGGGCGUGUGACGUGUACACGGGGAUGGUGGGCGGACCACGUGGGGCGUGUGACGAGUACACGGGGAUGGUGGGCGGGCCACGUGGGGCGUGUGACGUGUACACGGGGAUGGUGGGCGGGCCACGUGGGGCGUGUGACGUGUACACGGGGAUGGUGGGCGGGCCACGUGGGGCGUGUGACGUGUACACGGGGAUGGUGGGCGGGCCACGUGGGGCGUGUGACGUGUACACGGGGAUGGUGGGCGGACCACGUGGGGCGUGUGACGAGUACACGGGGAUGGUGGGCGGGCCACGUGGGGCGUGUGACGUGUACACGGGGAUGGUGGGCGGACCACGUGGGGCGUGUGACGAGUACACGGGGAUGGUGGGCGGGCCACGUGGGGCGUGUGACGUGUACACGGGGAUGGUGGGCGGGCCACGUGGGGCGUGUGACGUGUACACGAAGAUGGUGGGCGGGCCACGUGGGGCGUGUGACGUGUACACGAAGAUGGUGGGCGGGCCACGUGGGGCGUGUGACGUGUACACGGGGAUGGUGGGCGGGCCACGUGGGGCGUGUGACGUGUACACGGGGAUGGUGGGCGGGCCACGUGGGGCGUGUGACGUGUACACGGGGAUGGUGGGCGGGCCACGUGGUCAGCAAUAUCAGCGGGGUCGCAACACGGGAUUGACGGGCAGCUGUGGCCGUAUCACCCGGGGUUACACAGGUUCACACGUGGGUGGAUGA